AUGUUGUUCUUAUUAAUACAAAGUAUAUUUACAAUAUGUAAAGAAGAGAUUUUGGACAUAUUUAAGUUAAAUGAUAUUAACUAUAACAUUGACAUCUCAUUAAUAAAUAUUAAAGAUGAUAAUGUGAACUUAAAUAUUGACAAUCCAAAAUUUUAUGUAAUGUUUUGUUAUAAUGAUAGUGAAAACGUUAAUAAGAUUUAUUUAAAAAAUUUGACAUAUAUGGAUAUUGAAUUUAGGUGUGUUAAAGUAUAUGUUUAUGAGGAUAUAUUUGGAUUUGAUAAACUAUUAUAUAAGGGUGUUAUUCAUUUAAAACAUUUAUUAAAUGAAAAAGAUGCAUAUCGUGUAGAUUUAUUUGAAAAUAAAAUCAAAAAUAUUGAAUCGUUACCUAAAAAAUUUAAUAGACCACCUGAAUUAAUGAUUGAAUAUACUAAAAACGAAAUUAAACCUAAAGACAAUGAAAAUCAAAUUAAACAAUCAUAUGGUGUGUUUAGUUUUAUUCAAAAAUAUUUUAAAUACUUUUUUAAAAAUUUGGAAUGUAAAAAUUUAAAUUUAAAAAUUACGUUUUUAAAAAAAUUUAAGAAUUUGGUGGACGAAUUUAAAGUUCUAAAUACAAUUAAACAUAUUAAAAAAUUGAAAGAAAUUUUAUCAUCAAACUUAAAUGAAAUUAAAGAUUAUAAUGUAUUAAACAAUGAAAUGAGGAAUGAUUAUUAUUAUGCUUGUUUAUCUCAACUUGUUUAUGGUGAUUCAUUGGAAGAGUUUGAAAAUCAUAUAGAUUUAACUAAGAAGGAUAAAAGUAUAUUUUUAGAUAAUAUUCGAAAAAAUUCAAUAGAACUUUUAGGAAGUGAAAUUAAGAUACUUAAUUAUUUUACUAGUGGAAAUAACAUACCUUGUUUUAUGAUUGUUGAGAAAGACUCUGAUACGGUCGUUAUUGUAUUUAAGGGUACAGAUACGCUUGCAGAAAUAAUUAUGAGUUUAUACUUAGAUUAUCAUAAAUUUGAUGACGGGUUAAUUCAUCAAGGUCAUAGAAUUUACUUUAACAAUUUGAUAGAAAAUGACUGGGAUGUGCUUAAUUCAGUUAUAAAUAAAUACAAAAACAUACAUGUUACAGGACAUUACUUAGGUGGAUCUAUGUCUACAUUAUUUCAUUAUGUUUUGAAAAAGAAGUUUAAUCAUAAAAAUAUUAAUACCGUUACGUUUGCAAGUUUUCCAAAUAUUAACCUUGUACAGUCGGUGUAUGAUAAUGUAAGUGAAAACAUAACAAAUUACAUUAUAAAUGAUGAUAUCAUACCAUUUGCAUCUUAUGGAAAUAUUACCUGUUUAAGAAAAUCAUUACUUGCUACUUUAAGAUAUAAAAAACAUUGGAAAAAUCUGUUUAAAAACAUAAACGAAUGUGAUAACGUUAAAAUUUUUAAGAAUUUUCAAAAAUUAAUUGAAGAGUUUUUUAAUCUUCAAAGAUUAUAUGGAAUUGGUUCUGUUAAAAGAUUAAGAAAUAAUUUUAGAAAUGAAGAUCAAUUUUAUUGGAAAUAUUUAAAUGAUGAAGAUAAAAAUAUUUUAGUACCAACUUUUAAUAGUUUAUAUGAUCAUUCUAUAAAUAAUUAUCUUGAAGGAUUAAGACAAUAA